AUGACUGCCCUGCAGACCCUCAACUUUUUUGCCCAUGCUGCAGCUGUGAAUUUCCUGAUGUUGAUGAGUGACUGCCAAUGUGGACAUUGGGCAGUAGAAGCUCUUCUGAACCUUGAUGACACAGAUCCACUACAAGGCAAUGACUACAGUGAAGGCAAGGAUGCAGCACAGGAUGAUCAACCACAAGGCAAUGACUAUGACACUUUCAAUAUACCCGACCCAUUUGAGGAUGAGGAAGGCAACAUGCAGACCACAUUUUUCAUGGAGACUGAUAAUACAAAUAUUCCCAACCCUUUCGAGGAUAACAAAGGCAAUGUGCAGACUGCAUUUUUCAUAGAGAACAGUAAUAUCCCCACUAACUGCUCCAGUUUUGUCUCUUCACCACAUCAAGUCUCUAUGAUCAACCAUUGCCAGAGGGUCUAUCACCCAAAUCCACCUAACUCAGCCUUCCCUGUCUCUUUCAUGAGUGCUAAAGAUCUCCAUUGCCACAUCAAGUUACUGCCCAAUGUACCCCACUGGCAAUAUCAAGAAAUCAAGGUUGAGAACUACCCUACACAGUCACCAAUAAUGUUGUACUGGCAUAAUGGACUUGAGGUUGUGGAGCACCUGUUCAGUAACCCUGUAUUUGUACAGUGUAUGGAUAUCUCUCCAUACAAGGAGUUUGAAGUUAUGGCUGAAGGCCAAGAAUGA